GUUCAACAGUUCAGUAGAACAAAUUGCACGAAAAAUUCAAAAUGUUCAAGCUGAUUGCUUUGGUUGCCUGCUUGGCCGUCAUCGUCGCUGCCAUCGAUGAUCACCACACCGAUCCCAAAUACAAGUUUGAAUAUGGUGUCAAGGAUGGACACACCAAGGAUCACAAGAGCCAGUGGGAAUCUCGCGAUGGACAUGCCGUGAAGGGACAGUACACUCUGGAUGAAGCCGAUGGAACUCAUCGUGUUGUUGACUACACCUCGGACCAUAAGGCUGGAUUCCAGGCUCAUGUUCAGCGUGAAGGACACGGCAAGCACCCACACGGAGAGAGCUAUUCCAACAUCAAACAGAAGCAUUAAGGUGUGAACGGUUUGGAAUGAAAAUAAAUAAAAAGCCAUUGUAGAUAGCA